GCCAUAUUAAAGAGACGCCAGGUAGAUUCGCCCUUUAUUUCGAUAUCUAUGGCACGUAUUAUGGCUGACCAGCUUCUUCCAGGUGUUUUUUGACCGCCUUGGCAUGGAAUUUGUUAGGAAGUUGAAGAUUCCGCCUGAAAGUCCUCGAAGUACAGCACAAAAGGGUGGUGAAGUCGGGGAAAUGUCAAGGGAAGAGACUGAAACCUACAAUGCUGGCCAGCUUCUUACCAUCACUUCACAGAGGGACAACGUUCGUAAGGUUGCGCAGGCAGCAUCAUGCCCCGGGAACACUCCGCCGGGAUCCCUUCAUUUGGACCACACAGCAGUGUCACCAUCCUGGGUUUCUACUGCGGCUAAAGGAUGCCGUUACGUGUGCUGUCAACAAUGCCGCCCGCGAUACGAAGAAAAAUCUUAUCUAAGUCUAGAUGGUAUUGUGAAUGGUGAUAUACCGGCGACUGCAGCAAUUGGCUUCGGCUUCCAUCGUUAUUCGUGUAGGCCAAUUAUCCACCCAGACAGGGUGAGGAACAUUGGCUUGAGGGCUGUACCUUGGUCAUUGGCAUACAGUAACGGGUCAUCCUCUGAAGGUUCAUGUCAAAGCGCGUGGGACCGUUCACGGGAAAGUGUGUCCACUGCUGAGGGUCAAGAAGAUCAGAUCAAUCAUGUCGAGCAUGCCGAGCACGUUGAACAUGUUGAACAUGUUGAAUAUUUCGGCCGAAAUCAUUCUCUUCAAUCAAUCUCCAGAGAACCUGAGGUUUGCCGUAUCUCUAAGACGUAGGGCACCACUCCUUCCGGCUAUGGAGGAAGAACAGGCAUUUACCCAAGAACUAGACCCCGAAGCAAUGGAGGAGGACUCUGACUAACCUUCAGAAAUGGACGCAGUAACCGAGGCACAGUGGUCUAGGAAGAAAUUAUCGUUACAGGACUGUCUGAUAUGAUUACUCAGCGAUGUUUGGUGGUUUUAUGCCUGAUGCAUCGGAUUUGUCCUAUUAUAAGUAGGAUAUGGAUGGUCUUGCGGCGCAACAUUGGUUUCAAUACUUAGACAGCAAGUGUACUUAGAUUAGGUAGGUACCUAGGUAGGUACCUGUUAGUUGCUAGCGAUAACGAUGCGUGUAUGUUAAUUUUUAGUUCCCA